UCAAGUUAGAACCUUUACAGAUUAACAAAUAUGUUUUACAGAUAUGUCGCAAUGUCGUAACAUUUUUUUAAAGAAGAGAUAAGUAGAAUAGACAUAAAAAGCAAAUAGAUAAGUUAGAAGAGUACGAAAAUGAUAGUGGAAUGUUUGUUUACUUUAAUGAUUGUAAAGACAAAAUAGAAUUUUCAAAGCUACUUUUAAUCAUUUUUAAUUUAAUGUCAAAUUGUAAAGGUCAUUUAAAUGCAUAAAGUAAUUAACUAAUAUCUAGAGUACACAAAAUAUCAGUUAGGAAUGUGGUGUCGUCAGCAUUGUAAAAUAUUUUAUGGUUCAGUGGAAAACUUAUGACUGAAAAAAAGAAAAAGUAACAAAAUCUUUGAGUUUGCAAAUUUUAAUUGCAAAAGCAUAACUAACAUUGAAAAAAUGAAUUCUAAAAGAGUUCUAUCUAUUCAAAGUCAUGUGGUACAUGGUUACGUUGGAAAUAAAUCGGCAACCUUUCCGUUACAAAUUCUAGGAUUUGAAGUGGAUUGUAUAAAUUCUGUUCAAUUUUCUAAUCAUACUGGAUAUAAAAUUUUUAAGGGCCAAAUAUUAAAUGAUAACGAUCUGGAAGAUCUAUAUGAUGCUUUAGAAAAAAAUGAUUUAAUUCAAAAAUAUAGUCAUCUUUUAACCGGAUAUAUUGGAUCAGUGACUUUUCUAAAGAAAAUUAUAGAGAUCAUAAAGAAAAUGAAAAGUAAAAAUCCAAAUUUAUUGUACGUAUGUGAUCCAGUAAUGGGUGAUAAUGGAAAAAUGUAUGUACCAAAAGACUUACUGCCAAUUUAUAGAGAUGAAGUUAUCCCCUUAGCUGAUAUUGUUACACCAAAUCAAUAUGAAAUGGAAUUGCUGUGUGAUAAAAAAAUAUUAAAUAUUAAAGAUGUUUGGGAACAUGUUAAUUGGUUUCACGAGAGAAAUGUCAAUACAGUUGUGUUAUCAAGUGCGGAUUUUGGAAAUUUUGACGAAAUCUUAUCAUUUCUAAGCUCAAAAUCGAAUAAUAUAAAAAGCACAAUAAAAAUUUCAAAACAAGGAAAUGGAAUAUCAUUUACUGGAACAGGAGAUCUUUUUGCUGCUUUAUAUUUAGCCUACAGUUUCGAAAAUCCGAAUAUUAUUGAUGCAUUCGAGAAAACGAUUAAUACACUUCAAGUUGUAAUUCAAAAAACUUUGGAAUCUAUGCCGAAUGAAGUAAAAAGUGGAAAACGAAAUAUUCAACCGCAGGACAAAGAGCUCAAAAUUAUUCAAUGUAAAAGAGAAAUUGAGUGUCCUAAAGGUUCAAUUAAAGCUGAAACGUUAAUGAAAUAAAUAUGUCUUCGAAUUUAUGUAUCAACGUAUGUAUGUAUACAUAAAACAAAAAAAAAUUGUUGAAUAAUCAUAAUAUGUACAGAACUUUAAUAAAUAUGUUAAAAUGGAAAAACUUUAGGAUUUUAAAAAAAAUUUAAUUUUAUAUGUUAAAAUGUUAUUUGUAUAUUCAUACUAAUAAACUAGUUGUUUAAUUUA